UUCUGCAACAAGAUGGCGGUCGUUCCAGAGAACAGAGUCCUCUCCUUCAGUGUUUUUAAAUGGAGCUCUUAUUCCUCCACAUAUUUACCAGAAAACAUCUUGGUGGACAAACCCAAUGACCAGUCCUCCAGGUGGUCGUCUGAGAGCAAUUACCCUCCACAGUACUUAUUGUUGAAAAUGGAAAGGCCUGCGAUCGUUCAGAGCAUCACCUUUGGGAAGUAUGAGAAGACUCACGUGUGCAACCUGAAGAAGUUCAAAGUGUUUGGUGGGAUGAGUGAAGAGAACAUGACAGAACUCCUGUCCAGUGGCCUGAAGAAUGACUACAACAAGGAGACCUUCACCUUGAAGCACAAGAUUGACGAACAGAUGUUUCCCUGCAGAUUUGUUAAAAUAGUGCCUCUGAUGUCUUGGGGGCCCAGUUUUAACUUCAGUAUCUGGUACAUUGAGCUGCAUGGCAUUGAGGAACCUGAUGUAGUGCAGCCCUGUCUUAACUGGUACAGCAAGUACCGGGAACAGGAAGCGAUCCGCCUGUGCCUGAAGCACUUUCGGCAGCAUAACUACACAGAGGCCUUUGAGUCGCUGCAGAAGAAGACGCGCAUUGCGUUGGAACACCAAAUGCUGACACACCUUCACGACCGCCUGGUGCUCCGGGGAGACUUUGACGCCUGUGAGGAGCUCAUCGACAAAGCCGUCAAAGACGGUUUAUUUAACCAGUACAUCAGCCAGCAAGAGUACAAGCCAAGAUGGAGUCAGAUCAUCCCCAAGAGUAACAAAGGUACAACCGCCCAAGAGCCAAGCCCAGACGACAUGAACAGUGAGACAAACUACUCAAGUAAUGAGGAUGACAACAGACCAGGGAUGAGGGGAGGUCAUCAGAUGGUCAUCGACGUUCAGACAGAGACGGUGUAUCUUUUUGGGGGCUGGGACGGCACACAGGACCUGGCUGACUUCUGGGCCUACAGUGUUCAGGAGAACCAGUGGGUCUGCAUCUCCAGAGACACAGAGAAGGAGAGUGGUCCCAGUGCGCGGUCCUGUCACAAGAUGUGCAUCGACAGCCAGCGGCGGCAGAUCUACACGCUCGGCCGCUACCUAGACUCCAGCGUCAGGAACAGCAAGUCUCUGAAGAGUGACUUCUACCGUUACGACGUCGACGCCAACACCUGGACACUGCUCAGCGAGGACACGUCAGCCGACGGCGGGCCCAAGCUCGUCUUUGACCACCAGAUGUGUAUGGACUCGGAGAAGCACAUGAUCUAUACGUUUGGCGGUCGGAUCCUGAUGUGUAACGGCAGUGUGGAGGACAGCAGGACGUCCGAGCCCCAGUUCAGUGGGCUGUAUGCCUUCCACUGCCAGGCCGGAACCUGGAGCCUGCUCAGAGAAGACUCCUGCAACGCUGGGCCUGAGGACGUCCAGUCACGCAUCGGACACUGCAUGCUCUUCCACACUAGGAAUCGUUGUCUGUAUGUGUUUGGAGGUCAGAGGUCAAAGACGUACCUGAAUGACUUCUUCAGCUACGACGUGGACGGGGACCAUGUGGAGAUCAUCUCAGACGGAACCAAGAAGGACUCCGGCAUGGUGCCGAUGACGGGCUUCACCCAGAGGGCCACCAUAGACCCAGAGCUGAAUGAGAUCCACGUCCUGUCUGGCCUCAGCAAGGACAAGGACAAACGAGAGGAGAACGUCCGUAACUCCUUUUGGAUCUACGAUAUCGCACGCAACAACUGGUCGUGUGUGUAUAAGAAUGACCAGGCGGUGAAGGAGAACCCCAGUAAGGCUCUGCAGGAGGAGGAGCCCUGUCCACGCUUCGCCCACCAGCUGGUCUAUGACGAAAUGCACAAGGUGCACUACCUGUUUGGAGGUAACCCAGGGAAGUCGUGCUCUCCUAAGAUGCGUCUGGAUGACUUCUGGUCCCUCAAGCUGUGUCGCCCCUCUAAGGAGUACCUGCUCCGACACUGCAGAUACCUAAUCAGGAAGUACAGGUUUGAGGAGAAGGCCCAGUCAGAGCCUCUGAAUGCUCUGAAGUACCUGCAGAACGACCUCUCUCUGACUGUGGACCACACCAACCCUGACGAGACCAAAGAGUUCCAGCUCCUGCCCUCGGCUCUCUUCAAGUCCAGCUCUGACUUCAUCCCUCUGGGUUUCUCAGACGUGGACCAGACGUAUGCCCAGCGCACGCAGCUCUUCGACACGCUCGUCAACUUCUUCCCGGACAGCAUGACCCCGCCCAAGGGUAACCUCGUUGACCUCAUCACACUCUAGCCCCGCCCCACAACCACCACCACCAUACGCCAAUAAGACUCACUGAUUGGCUGGCCCAAAGCCAAACGUAAUAUUUUUCUACACUUGACCCUUCCAAGUUCAGGGGUGCUCUGCUCGCGGACUGCACUUGUUGACCCCCUCUUUAGGACGUUGGUUCUUCAACAGUGGUACUGAACUGAACUAAAAGGGCAAAUGAGGGUCAGACCACUUGCGAUUAAAGGGGUUGAUACUAAAUAUCACUGUGUCAAAAAAAAAAAAAAAAAAACUACAAAUCCCCUCACCCCCCCCAAGUGUUUCCUAAGCCUGAUAGUCUUUGUUGAAUAAACUGAUUUAACAGGACAAAAAUAACCCAGAACUCUGCCAAACAUAUAUAUUCUGUGUUAAUUCAUUUGAUUUGUGAGGUUUACAUGAGACUUUUACAUGCUGCGUUUGAGUUUGCUUGGCAUUAGUAGCCUGUUAGAUCAAAGAGGAGUCUAUAUUGCUCUUUUUUUCCACUCUGUCUUGCAUUUCUCUCUCUCUCUCUGUCACACACAUGCAAACACACACAAACCUGCUUGCAAAAGUAGUUGUGUUACUUAAUGGCACCCUGUCAGCGCUAUGUACACUGAAUAUACCUUCAACCAAGUUCAUGCUUUUGUUUGCUUGCUCUGCCCGUAUUAUUGGCAGCCAUAUUAAAUACCCCAUAUUUAUAAUAAUGACGGCCAUGCUGUUUCACACUACGUGUCAAAAUGUUAAUUGUGUUAUAUAGAAACAAUAGAAUAAUGAUCCUAAGAGACAAAAUAUAUAUAUAUAUAUAUAUAUAUGUAUGUAUGUGUGUAUAUAUAUAUAUAUAUGUGUAUAUGUAUAUGUAUAUAUAUAUAUGUAUAUAUAUAUAUGUGUCAAAUGAACUUAAAUCAAUUAAAUUCUCUAUCAAUGUAAAAAUCAAUCUUUAUGGGUUGAGGGAAAACAUUGUCAUGUUGUCAAAAGCCUGUGAUUCUGGUAAUGGCUACUGUAGCUUUAGUGUGAUGAUGUAACCAUGGAUCUGUCACUGAGGCAUGGUGGGAAAUGUAGUCCAAGUAUGAAUGUUCUUUUUUAAACUUAAACUCCCCGUCUUGUAAGAUAACUGCAAAAUGAUGGUCCUGCUGUAUCACAGGGAUGUUUUUUUAAUUUUUAUGUACAAACACACAUCUAUACGCACGUGAUCUCAUUGGCUGGGAUGUAUCUUCCUUUGACGAUGUGAGGCGUUAUUUUAUGGGUAAAGGAAGAAUGAAUGAUGGCAUUCAUUGAGGGAGAGCCCAGUCUCCCCAUUCAGCUAUGACCUGAUUACUGGGUUCUCUCUGUUUCUUAUGCAAACAGUGAUGACUAGACAUUCUUCAUUUCCGACCUAAAGAAAUACAGAACACUACAUUUCAUUCUUACUCAGAAUAAGGCAGUAGGAGAAUUCACAAGUGAUCUCUAACACCAAGUUAUCAAAUGGUAUCUGUCUUGUGGCUCCAGCCAAAGUUUGGAUGUACAGGAAAUGUUUUUGAUUGUUUCAUAAUCAUUAUGCUGGGACUGAGGAUGCCCUUCGAUAUAGCUGACAUUUGUGUGUGUGUCCGUCAAUAUGUGUGUUUGUCUCGGAUCGCCAGGGUAUUUUGUCUAGUCCACCUGUGUAACAUAAUACAAACAUAUGCCUCAUAGUGGUCUUCCAUUAAUCUCAGUAGGAGAGAUGAUUGAAGUGAUCCUCCUUCCCCUCCUCAAGAACAGAAGCAGCCUUCCAUUGCAUUGUAUGUAUUGUCUAUAUAUUUAACAUUUUUCUGAGACAGCUGUACAGUAUGCAGAGUACACUCUAGGCAAAGGCCUAUGGAGUCCGUGAAAUAUCCAUCCCCUUUGAUUUGAGAUCAAUCAACUCCACUAUCAGAUAACCAGAGAUGGAGGGUAGGACUAUUCAUAUUCAAGGCGGCAAACACUUAGUGCUUAAAUCCUGUCAAGGGUGGUAGAGCCAAACUUUAGAGAUACUUUGCCUUGUUAGAUCCUAUUUUGAAGUACUCAAUGAUUUCUCUGUUCGUUUGCACUCAUGCCCUCAGUAAUCAGUAUUAGCUUAAUUUGAAUCACAAUCAGUGUGUGCACGCUACACACACCUGUAUGCUUACAGUAUGUGAGCUUGAAACGUGUGUGUGUGUGCUUGUUUUUCUGUUUGCUAAUGUAUUUCUUCUGCCAUCAUAUUAAGCUUAGUAAAUAUUAGCUCUCUGAUGAACUGAGAUCUAGAGCGAGAGAGGACUGUCAUACUUACCAUCAUAGCUUUGCAAUAAAACCUGUUAUUUAGGAUGGAAUCCAUUAUUUAUGGUCAUUAUCACAGAAUAGAAGGCUUUUGCAAUGAUUACAUUAGUUUCUAUUUUGUGUCAACCCCAAAAAAUAAGCUUAAGAAAACAUGAAAUAAAGAAGAAUGAAAGCACCUUUGCAAAAGAAAAAAAAAAUAUAUAUAUAUAUAUAUAUAUAUAUAUAUAUAUAUAUAAAACAAUGCCAAAUACUUUUUCUUUUGCUUAUUUUUGAGAGGGGAAGGAAAUCUUGACAUAAUUUUCAGAUAAAUGGAAUGUCAUUUUCUUCAUCUGCUGCCUCUUUCCAUUCUGCCCCUCUUCUCCACAACUGGAACUCAGGAGUAUGUGGGGUACUCUUGAGUGCGUGAAUGAGCACUACUCUGUGGAUAACGUGAAUGUGUAGAGAGCCUAUUGUAGAAUUGCGUUGUAUGUAAUGUACAUAACGAAUAAAGAUUGUAUUUUGUUCAGGUUUUCAUAAAUAAAUGACUGUUCUUUGA